CCUCGCAGGCCAGCUGGCGGGCGCGAUCCUGGCGUCCCCCGACGGCCUGGGGCGCCAAUCCAGAGGCCUGGGUGGGAGGGGACCAAGGGUGUAGUAAGGAAGCGCCUUUUGCUGGAGGGCAACGGACCGGGGCGGGGAGUCGGGAGACCAGAGUGGGAGGAAGGCGGGGAGUCCAGGUUCCGCCCCGGAGCCGACUUCCUCCUGGUCGGCGGCUGCAGCGGGGUGAGCGGCAGCAGCGGCCGGGGAUCCUGGAGCCAUGGGGCGCGCGCGCGAUGCCAUCCUGGAUGCGCUGGAGAACCUGACCGCCGAGGAGCUCAAGAAGUUCAAGCUGAAGCUGCUGUCGGUGCCGCUGCGCGAGGGCUACGGGCGCAUCCCGCGGGGCGCGCUGCUGUCCAUGGACGCCUUGGACCUCACCGACAAGCUGGUCAGCUUCUACCUGGAGACCUACGGCGCCGAGCUCACCGCUAACGUGCUGCGCGACAUGGGCCUGCAGGAGAUGGCCGGGCAGCUGCAGGCGGCCACGCACCAGGGCUCUGGAGCCGCGCCAGCUGGGAUCCAGGCCCCUCCUCAGUCGGCAGCCAAGCCAGGCCUGCACUUUAUAGACCAGCACCGGGCUGCGCUUAUCGCGAGGGUCACAAACGUUGAGUGGCUGCUGGAUGCCCUGUACGGGAAGGUCCUGACGGAUGAGCAGUACCAGGCAGUGCGGGCCGAGCCCACCAACCCAAGCAAGAUGCGGAAGCUCUUCAGUUUCACACCAGCCUGGAACUGGACCUGCAAGGACUUGCUCCUCCAGGCCCUAAGGGAGUCCCAGUCCUACCUGGUGGAGGACCUGGAGCGGAGCUGAGGCUCCUUCCCAGCAACACUCCGGUCAGCCCCUGGCAAUCCCACCAAAUCAUCCUGAAUCUGAUCUUUUUAUACACAAUAUACGAAAAGCCAGCUUGAA